AUGAGCUGCUUCUCUUGCCUUGUUGAUGAUGAUCACCACGGGAAGCAUGGGCCCGGGGAGAUGAACAGAAUGGAAUUAUUAAUUGAGAACUACUUUAAGAAGAAUAAUACAGGGAGAGGGCGGAAGAAGAAGAAGCAGGAUCGGGGUGAAAGCAAGACAGACGCUGCCAUCAGCUUUGGUUUUCGGGAGCUUGAAUGGGCAACCGACACUUUCAAGGAAGCCAACUUGAUUGGGGAAGGCGGUUUUGGAAGGGUUUACAAGGGUCGUCUUUUGACAGGCCAGGUGGUUGCUGUAAAACAAUUAAAUCAUGACGGGCAUCAAGGUUUUCAAGAAUUUGUGACAGAGGUGCUUAUGCUUAGCCUCCUCCACCAUUCUAAUCUCGUUAACUUGAUUGGCUAUUGCACCGAUGGUGAGCAGAGGCUGUUGGUGUAUGAAUAUAUGCCCAUGGGUAGCCUUGAAGAUCAUCUUUUUGCAGCAGAUCCUACAUUGAAUAAUAAGGAAGGAGGGCUAAGUUGGAUAACUCGAAUGAAAAUCGCGGCCGGGGCUGCUCGUGGGCUGGAGUAUCUCCAUUGCAAAGCAAAUCCACCUGUUAUCUAUCGCGACUUGAAAUCGGCGAAUAUCUUAUUAGACAAUGAUUUCAACCCAAAACUCUCAGAUUUUGGGCUCGCCAAGCUAGGGCCUGUUGGAGACAACACCCAUGUUUCCACCAGAGUCAUGGGAACGUACGGCUACUGCGCCCCCGAAUAUGCCAUGAGUGGAAAAUUAACUCUUAAAUCCGAUAUUUACAGCUUUGGUGUUGUCUUGCUCGAGUUGAUCACUGGUCGUAAGGCCAUGGAUUUCACUAGAAAACAAGGCAGCCAAAACUUAGUUUCAUGGGCUCGUGCUUUCUUAAGUGACAGGAAAAAGUUUAGGCAAAUGGUUGACCCUCGAUUGCGGGGAAGCUAUCCUGUGCGUUGCAUGCAUCAUGCGAUUUGUAUAACCGCAAUGUGUCUGCAGGACCAACCAAUUUUUCGUCCACAUGUUCGUGAUAUUGUUGCUGCACUAGAUUACAUAGUUUCUCAGAGUAUUCUUGAACUCGAUAAGCAUGGAAGACUGUCUGACACCAACUCAUCACAACAAGAACCACAACCGCAAAUUGCCACAAGUUAA